AUGGAAUUCAUUCCUUGCUUCACGCCAGUCCUCAGUGUUCUUCGUGAUGAUGGCCUAUUGUCAUUCUGCAUGGAUAUAUGCAAUUGGAAUGAGGAGCUAAUUCUUCAGUUCUAUGCCACUUUGCAUCUUUCUAGUGAGGCAUUAGAUAUAAACACUUUGGUUCUUGACUGGAUGAUCAAAGACACACACUACACUACUCCUGCAACAGAAUUGAUUCGUGUGGUCUUAGUUGGAAUCCCCUCAGAAGUAGCCACAGGCAUCUAUGAUGAACCUGAGCUACCCAAUCACCUGAUGCAAGUGAUGAUCAAGCCUUUGGCUCCUGGCAAGCCACCAAGGACCACAUUCCUCGUCAAGGAACUCUUUCGUUUCAUCGCCCACAUGCAUCUCACUGGGGGUGAAUUGAUCAGCUUCUCGUUCAGAAGAGAACCUCCAAGGCUGGAUGUUAUCUAUCUCAACUAUGCGAAAGAAGAUGAUGACCCACUUGAUGAAGCACUCUUUUCCCAAAGAAUCACCAGGCUGAGCAAGGAUGAAAUGGACACGCUCUGGGAAAAUCUUCCGCCACGUGAUGCCUACGUCGGGAUGCCAUUCGUGACCCGCCUGACGUGGACGAUGGUUAACCGCCAUGUCAUGAAAUUACCUAAGAGGCUAUGUGUGAGUUGUGGCAUCGAGUCGAAUGAAGAAGGCAUUGCUGGACUACGCCUUACCACAAGGGGCUCGAUCACCAUGUGUGCUUACGCAGUGGACAUGGACGGGCGCACUAUCUUCGGUGCGGAUGGGUGGAGCGACUUCCUCGCUGGCAAGAAUCUCCGAGUUGGACAGGUCGUCUUAGUCACUAUGAGGAACACCCCACGCCAUGACUUGAGGAUGACGAUUGUUUUGGACAUCCUUUAA